CGGACGAGCGGCAGCGGCGGGCUGCUGCGGAGGGGGGGAAAUGGCGGCCGCGGUGCUAGGGGCGCCGGAGGGCGGCUCUGCUGUGAUGCCGGCGGGGAAUGCAGCGGCUUGUCCUCCACCACCCGGUCCGUCAGGCCCGGGUUCGUGGAGCCGUUCCUUAGACCGAGCCUUAGAAGAAGCGGCGGCCAGCGGAACCCUCAGUUUGAGCGGCAGGAAGCUUCGCGACUACCCGCGGGCCAGCGCCGCCAACCACGACCUCAGCGACACCACCCAGGCCGAUUUGUCACGGAACAGACUGUCAGAGCUCCCAGCAGAAGCAUGUCACUUCGUCUCCCUUGAGAGUCUUAAUUUGUACCAGAACUGCAUUCGAUAUAUCCCAGAGGCAGUUUUGAACUUGCAGUCUUUAACAUUUCUAAAUAUCAGUCGAAACCAGCUUUCAACGUUGCCAGUACACCUCUGCAGUCUACCACUGAAAGUCUUGAUAGCAAGUAAUAACAAGUUGGUUUCAAUACCUGAAGAAAUUGGACAGCUCAGACAGCUGACAGAGCUUGAUGUGAGCUGUAAUGAAAUACAGACAAUACCUCCACAGAUUGGCAAUUUGGAAUCCUUGAGAGACCUAAAUGUCAGAAGAAAUAAUUUGGUGCGUUUACCUGAAGAGCUUGCUGAGUUGCCUUUGAUUCGAUUAGAUUUCUCCUGCAACAAAAUAACAACAAUACCAGUUUGUUAUAGGAACCUCAGACAUCUGCAGACCAUCAUGUUAGAGAACAACCCUCUCCAGUCACCCCCUGCACAGAUAUGUAUAAAAGGAAAAAUUCAUAUAUUUAAAUACCUGAACAUAGAAGCAUGCAAGAUAGCUCCAGACUUGCCUGAUUAUGACAGGAGACCCAUGGGAUUUGGAUCAUGCCAUGAGGAACUCUAUUCUGGCCGUCCCUACGGAGCGCUUGAUUCUGGCUUCAAUAGCGUGGACAGUGGAGACAAAAGAUGGUCAGGGAACGAACCAACAGAUGAGUUCUCAGAUCUUCCUUUACGUGUGGCAGAGAUCACUAAAGAACAGAGACUGCGAAGAGAGAGCCAGUAUCAGGAAAACCGAGGGAGCACAGUUGUAACUAAUGGGGGAGUGGAACACGAUCUCGAUCAGAUCGACUAUAUUGAUAGCUGUGCCACAGAAGAGGAGGAGGAAGAGGUGAGGCAACCCAAGUGCAUGGACUCAGACAGCCUCAGCUCACAGUUCAUGGCAUAUAUUGACCAGCGGCGAAUCUCUAAUGAGAGCUCACCAGUGAAGCCUGUGUCCAACAGAGAAGCUCAGAGAACAGAGGAUGCAAAACGAUAUUUGCAUCAAAACAGACCCCUGGCCGAUUCACCUUACUUUCUCUCUCUGUCAAGUCACCACAGUCAGGUGCCUAAUACAGAUUCCGAGCUGCACCGCAAGCACAUCGAGCGUACCCGUCGGGAGGCCCAGCUAGCAGCACUUCAGUACGAGGAGGAGAGGAUGAGGACAAAACAGAUUCAGAGAGAAGCUGUCCUUGACUUUGUUAAGCAAAAAGCAUCCUUAAGUCCUCAGAAGCAAAGUCCUCUGGAUAGUGAGUGUCCCUUUCCAUCCAGAAGGUCUCAGCAUACUGAUGAUAGUGCCUUGUUAGUGAAUGGCUUUGAGCCUCUGUUUGUGUUUGAGAUUGACAGUAACACCAAUACCAUUAAGAGAAGGCCAGGGACUCGCAAACAGUCACUCUCAGGGUUGAAUCAAGAAAGCUCUGCUACUACCCUGCCUAAUGCCUCUACCUUCAGUCCUGUCAAGAGUGAUGACAGAUCUACCAUCUCCCCUGGCUCACCUACCACUCAGACAGUCCACCUUUCCCCUUCAUAUCCUGGCCAUGCAGCCCCGCCUUCCUAUAGAAACCCUUCCCAGCGACCUGAGAGUUUCCUUUUCCGAGCAGCAGCUGUCAGGGAUGAAGCAAAGAAAGCUGUUACUUCAUCUUCUACCCGUGCCUUGUCUCCUGCUAAUGAUUCUGCAGACCCUAGAGUAAGACAGAACUCCAAACAGCGAGAGGAGGAGCUGGAGCUAAUAGAGCAGCUGCGUAAGAAUAUCGAAUCCCGGUUGAAAGUGUCACUGCCCAGUGACCUUGGAGCCGCUCUCACCGAUGGUGUUGUUCUGUGCCAUUUAGCUAAUCAUGUGCGUCCUCGGUCUGUUCCCAGCAUUCAUGUCCCCUCACCUGCUGUUCCUAAGCUUACGAUGGCAAAGUGCAGACGGAACGUGGAGAACUUCUUGGAAGCCUGCAGAAGGAUUGGAGUGCCUCAGGACAAUCUUUGUUCCCCUUCUGACAUUCUUCAGCUAAACCUCAGCGUUAAAAGAACAGUUGAGACUCUUCUUUCCCUGGGGACAGAUUCAGAAGAAUCCAGUCUUGUCUCCCUUUCCAUUCAGCUCUGGGGCUUUGUGGUGUUUUACUGUACUCUAAUGCUAACGCUCUGUAUGUUCUAUCGCUGGGUCUUUUUUCUCUAGCGGAAGGAUAGUGGUGCCACUUCCUCCCUCCAUCACUCUGGUGCUUGGGAAAGGAGUUUGGUUUUUACAAGACUGUGUGUAUGAAGUGAUUUCUUUCCCACUGAUGGAACAGAGGUGACAAGUACGAUGAGCAAACACAUGGGUGCAGCCACACGACUAUCUGUGACAUGAUUCACAUUUGUAUUUGCUGUGUCAUAUGUAGCAGCUAUCAUGCUUCUAGAAGGGAGGAAGUGCUGAGUGUGGGCUAGAGCAAGGGACUGGGAUUAGGACACACAGGUGUAUGAAUACAGUGCUGGGAAAACUGCCUGGUCAGGUUGUGCCUCAGUUUCCUCUUCUGUACGGUGGGAAUUGCACCCACAUUGGUAAAAUGCUUAAGGAUUAUCUGAUGAAAAAUGUUAAACACUGCAAAGUGGUUUUGUUUUCAUUGUCAGUGUUCUUGAUGAGAUCUCACAGUCUUAGGAGACAUGGUCUGGUAAGUUUUGUCUACAGGACUUCAUAACUGAUAUUUAUCUUCUUACCCUCAGUCCCUUGUCCUGCUUCUGAGAGUAUUUGAUUUCUCCUGCUUGUAGACUCUGGUGUAUUACUUUGAGUCAGGCUCUUUAAAAUCACUGUCAGUGAAUCCUGAGCUCCUUGAGCUUCAUAACAGAUAAAGCAGGAAAUUUUCUGAGAAAUUGAGCCCUUCAACAGCUUUGAAAGCAGUUUUCUGCACAGAAGACAAAAAAAUCUUAAGGAUACUGUCAGAUGCUAAAGAAUUUCAGAGCCUAAGUCCUGGCUGCAUGAUCACUCUUCACUGUUUCACUAAACUCAGGUAGUCUUCCAUAAGCUUCAAAGCUUUUCCCUCCCCAGGAAAAGCAUCCUGGUGCUUUAAUGCUUUAAUGUCUCAGGGACACCUCUGAACUUCAGGACACUCCCCAUAAGAUGUGCAAAAGACCAUGUCUCCUCAGAGUGUAGAUCAGUUCAGGAACUCUGCUCAGAGACCAGUGACAGGUAAGUGUUAAAUCAAACAUCUGUUCCAAACGUGUUUUCAGUAUCUUUCUGUUGUAUCUGAAAAUACAGUGCAUGGCUUGGGAGCCAGGCUGGAGUGGUGUUAGCAUUCCAGCCUCAACCUGGGCACAGCUCUGAAGCACAGUUUAAGACACACAGGAGUUUAGUUGUGAAUGUGGUCACUACCAGUAAAAAUGUGUUACGUGUACAUGGAUCUCACGAGUUCUUGGAACUGAAAGUGAGUGACAAAGGAGCAAGUAGAGGAGCUCAUGCUCUCUUUCCAGAUCACACACAGCAUGAUCAAGGAAAGAGGGGACCUUUGGCUAGGGUAGAUGGCUUUAUUUUUGAAGAAGCUUUGGUGGU